AUGAAUUGUGGUCCAAUGCCUCUCUAUCCAAUGAGGUGCUGGUUGCUGUCCAGGUGCCCGGUGGUGCUGAAAUUUGGAUGAUGUCUAGCAGGAGAACUAAAAGCUGCUGCUGCUUACUGCCACUCAAUGAAGACAACGGGCGAUUCCUUCUCCUAGCCAUUUUUAUCGUGCUCUACCUGAUCGCCGGAGCCACUAUCUUCUCCACCAUAGAGAGGCCCACAGAACUCGUGGCUCACAACCGAUGGGACAGGAUAUUAAAGAACUUUAGCCAGUCGUUUAAUAUCAGUCUCCAAGAGCUCAGGUCUUUUCUGCGAGAUUAUGAAACAGCCAUGGCAGUAGGGAUUAGGGCAGAUGCCCUCAGACCAAGGUGGGACUUCACUGGAGCACUGUACUUUGUAGGGACAGUCGUCUCUACAAUAGGUUUCGGAAUGACCACACCAGCCACUGUCACUGGAAAAGUGUUCCUCAUCUUCUACGGCCUUUUUGGAUGUGCUGCAACAAUAUUGUUCUUUAACCUCUUCUUGGAAAGGAUGAUCUCUCUUUUGGCUUUCGUGAUGAAAGCUUGCCAUGAAAGGCAGUUACGACGAAACGGGCUUCUACCUCCAACUGUCCGUCGAGGGUCAUCUAUAUCUGAAGUGGACAGCCUAGUUGGCUGGAAGCCAUCUGUAUACCACGUCAUGCUAAUUCUGGGAAUUUUUGCUAUCACCCUCUCUUGCUGUGCAUCAGCCAUGUACACCCCAGUAGAGGGCUGGAACUACAUAGACUCUUUGUAUUACUGUUUUGUCACUUUUAGCACCAUUGGAUUUGGAGAUCUAGUAAGCAGCCAAAAUGCAGUGUACAAAUAUCAGGGAUUAUACAGGUUUGGAAAUUUCAUGUGUAUACUUUUGGGAGUUUGUUGCAUUUACUCACUUUUUAACGUCAUAUCGAUUGUAAUCAAGCAAGUUUUAAACUGGAUUCUAAAAAAAUGUAGGUGCCGAUGCUGUAAUAAGUGCCAUAAAUCCAAUACCCGACUUGGGCGCCGCAAUGCCAUCACUCCUGGAGCUCGCUUCCGCAGGAACCAAUUGUCAAUGGAGACCGACGGCAACUAUGACAGUGAUACGGAAGGCAGGAGGCUGUCAGGGGAGAUGAUCUCAAUGAGGGACCUUACGGCGUCCAAUAAGGUUUCUCUUGCCAUACUGCAGAAGCAGUUAUCUGAAACAGCCAAUGGCUACCCUAGAACUGUGUGCAUCAAUACACGACAAAAUGGCUUCUCAGGAGGGGUUGGAGCUUUAGCCAUCAUGAACAAUAGGUUGGCAGAAACAAGUGAUUCUAGGUAG